CAUUUCUCUCCUUUAUCAAAUCAUCCAAGUGUUCUUUCAUCUCCCAAUUCAAAAUUUUCUUUAAGAAAAUUGCAUUUCCAAUUUAAGUUUUUUUUUCUUGAUCCAGUAAUGCCGGGUCUCAAAUCUCCACCCGACGCUCCUCCGCUACGGAUUACGGUGUCGGAGCCGCCUUCUCAGAAUCCACCUCGGACGCCGAACAAAAAGCCUCCGUCGCCUUCCCCUUCCCGAUCCAAGGCUUCCCCCGCCCGCUCCGCCAAGAAACCUCCGCCCGACUCACCCAAUCCGGACGAUUCCUCGCUCGAUAACCCGGAUCUCGGCCCCUUUUUGCUCAAAUUGGCCCGUGAUACCAUCGCUUCCGGUGAGGGUCCCAGUAAAGCUUUGGACUAUGCGAUUCGAGCGGCGAAGUCGUUCGAGAGAUGCGCCGUGGAAGGCGAGCCAAGUUUGGAUCUGGCGAUGAGCUUGCACGUGCUGGCGGCGAUUUAUUGCAGCUUGGGGAGGUUCGAUGAGGCGGUUCCGGUUCUGGAGCGGGCGAUUCAAGUGCCCGACGUGGAAACGGGCCCGGAUCACGCGUUGGCUGCUUUUUCGGGACAUAUGCAGCUGGGGGAUACGUACUCGAUGCUGGGGCAAGUGGAGAAGUCAAUUGGGUGCUAUGAAGAAGGGUUAAAGAUUCAGAUCCAGGCUCUGGGUGAGACCGACGCUAGAGUUGGCGAAACUUGCAGGUACUUGGCCGAGGCCCAUGUUCAAGCAAUGCAGUUCGAUAAAGCUGAAGAAUUGUGCAAGAAGACCCUGGAAAUACAUCACGCCCACAGUGAACCAGCAUCACUCGAAGAGGCGGCCGACCGCAGGUUGAUGGCACUCGUAUGCGAGGCUAAGGGAGAUUAUGAAGCGGCCCUCGAGCAACUUGUCCUAGCCAGCAUGGCAAUGAUUGCCAAUGGACAGGAGAAUGAAGUAGCUGCUAUUGAUGUCAGCAUUGGCAAUAUUUACAUGUCUUUGUGUCGCUUUGAUGAGGCCGUCUUCUCGUACCAGAAGGCCCUAACAGUGUUCAAAUCAUCCAAGGGUGACAACCACCCUCAAGUUGCCUCCGUCUUUGUACGACUUGCUGAUCUAUAUCACAGGACUGGAAAGCUCCGAGAAUCAAAAUCAUAUUGCGAAAAUGCCUUGAGGAUCUUUUCAAAACCCUUGCCGGGAACCACAGCAGAAGAGAUAGCUGGUGGGUUAACUGAAAUUUCAGCCAUAUAUGAAUCGGUGGAUGAGCCUGAGGAAGCGUUGAAGCUCUUGCAGAAAGCAAUGAAGUUGUUGGAGGACAAACCUGGACAGCAAAGCACCAUUGCAGGAAUCGAAGCACGGAUGGGGGUGAUGCUUUACAUUCUUGGGAGGUAUGAGGAAGCAAGGAAAUCUUUCGAUAGUGCAGUGUCCAAGCUCAGAGCAAGCGGGGAGAGGAAGUCAGCCUUCUUUGGAGUCGUGUUGAACCAGAUGGGCUUGGCUUGUGUUCAAUUAUUCAAGAUAGACGAGGCUGGUGAGUUGUUCGAAGAGGCAAGAGCAAUACUUGAGCAGGAAUGUGGGCCAUGUCAUCAAGAUACUCUGGGAGUAUAUAGCAAUCUUGCAGCAACUUAUGAUGCUAUGGGAAGGGUUGAAGAUGCAAUCGAGAUAUUGGAGUAUGUACUAAAAUUAAGAGAAGAAAAACUCGGAAUUGCAAAUCCGGAUUUCGAAGAUGAGAAGAACAGGCUGGCUGAGCUCCUAAAAGAAGCAGGCAGGUCUCGCAACCGAAAAGCAAAAUCACUGGAAAAUCUCAUAGAUCCGAACUCGAAGAGGACGGCAAAGAAAGAGGGGACGAAAAAAUGGGGAUUCAGAAUUUGAAGACAUUAUUUCGCAGGUCGUAUUUUCGACAUAUUCUGUAUCAUGGAAGAUCAUAUAUAGUGUUAGAAGGAAUUUUCUUGAGCUUUCCUGUUUUUGAAGCUUUAAGAUCUCGUAUUUUUCUUAACCUUUUUAUUAUUGUUAUUUGUGUUAUUGGAUGACUGUGAUGUGCUAUUGAAAUUUGGAAAGAAGAAUGUUCAUUUGAGUGAAUAAAUUUCAUCUUGAUCUUUUCAUU